AAAAUUAUAAUAAUAUACAAACACAAUCGUAACAAUUCGGCCAUUUCCGUAACCGACAAAUUUGUCGGUUACGGAAAUGGCCGAGUUUUAACGAUUGAUACAAACAAACAAAAAUACGCCCCUCCCCCUUUCCCCAAUCGUAAUUACUCGGCUAUAUCUGUAACCGUUUACGGAAAAAGACGAGCGCAUGAUCCGCUGCUCGCCCAGCCGGAAAUGAAGUUUCGCGGGAAAUUCAGUCAAUAUUAGACAAGAGUCUAGAGAGAAGAUACAGACGAUGCCGCGGAAAAGAAAACAGGGGUUGAAAAUUUCACAGAAAACAUCAACAGAAACUUCCGAGGACGAUCUCUUAAUAAAGCACGAUGACAAUGUGAUGAAAGCUUUGGCUAAGGCAGAUGAUUUUGUUAUAAAUAGUCCUCCCUCUCUGAUGGGGAUGCUCUACGGAGACUUGCCGCCAUCUGUUGUAUGGAAAAUUUUGUACCUCAUAAAUCGUCAGGUUACAGUUGAGGAAAAGUGCACACUUUUGAGCAUGUUCACUGAUUACAUGGCUGGUGAAUGUGUACACCUUGGACUCCUGGACUCAAGCAACAAGUACAACCCCCAGAGUUAUGUCUUAUUGGAAGAAUUAGCUAAUGCAUGGGAUAACAUUCUACAACAGCCUAGUGUAGUCAAAGAUAAAAAGCUGUUGAACUCCUUACUCUCUAACUUCAGAAAAAGUGUUUCCACUCUAGCAACAUAUGGAUUCAAGCAUUACUUUUCGAGGACACUUGACAUUGUACACAAACAUGAAUGCAAUGAGCCCGUUGAUCAAUUCUUUUCCUUCUCCUCUAUACCAAGGCAGUACUCAAUUCCAGAGUACAAAGUCAGGAGAAUACUAUCAGUUAGAGAGGAAUUUAGGAGAGAUCCUUACAGUCCACAUCAGGACACUGUAUGUAAACCAGUUGUGUACACUCAAAAGAAACCAACCUGGGUCAAUUUUGACAAAGAGUGGAUUCCCUCAGAUGAUGACCUUGACAUCUCUGACUCCGACUCUGAUGUAAGGGAUUCAGAAACCAAUAGGGACAUUGAGUCACCUCCCAUUGAAACUGUGAAGAACUUAGACACUCAAGUUACAGAACCUUUGAAAUGUAUUUCUAACUCUGUCUCAGUCAGUUCAUCAAAAAUUGAACAGAAGAACCUAAAGUAUGCAGUGGAGCAACAGCAGGAGCACAAAGAAAAGAAAAAUAUUCAGGAGAAUGAUAUUUACAGAGAAAUAAUGGAGGACGAACUCUGUUUUGAUGAAUCCCAAUGCUCUUUAUCUACAUCUUCCAAAAGGAGGAGGUCUCCUGCAACAUGUAGAGUGUCAGAAAACAAACCUGAGCUGAGAAGACCAGGAGACUGGGGCACUGAUGACUCUGAUUCUUCACUGCAAGACGAUCCCCAAAGACCUCCUCUUAAAGGAAAGGAAGGUGAUACCAAAACAAAUAAGUUUUUGAUGGAAAGGGAAAGCAAGAAGGAUAGCCAUCUAAGAUGGAAAGAAAUGUCACAUAUAAGGGAGAAAUCCAAGAAAAUGAGAACAGUUAUGAAGAAUGAUGGUGAAUUGAGUCGCUGUGUAUCCGAAAAACUUGUGAAUGAAAAGGAUGAUUCAUACAACUUUCCAAGACACAAGUUAAAGAAAUCUGAUGGUAGGAAUAAAAAGCUUAAUUUGGCAAAGCAACAGACAAGGAAAUGUAUGCUUGAAGCAUUCAUUAAUGAUUCUGAUUCCUCCCUGCCUGAUCCUGAUGUUCCCGAUCUUCCAGACACAAAGCCUGAAUAUAUCACUUUACAUGAAAGACAUAAUUCCACUCUAAAUGAUGGUAAUGAAGUGAGAUAUAAAAGAAAGGAUGUGCCUGUCAAACAGAUCAAAAAGAAUCGUUUGAAUAACAGUCACUUCGGAUUUCAACCAGGUAGUAAGGAAGACUACUGCAGCAGAAUAGAUGAAUUCACAUCCUUUUAUGAUUACUCAAGUGAUGAUGUCAGCACAUGUUCAUCAGAUUACAGUAAUUGCAAGGCUGCUAUUAACUGUCAGUUUAUGCAUGAUUUACAAAUACAUGGCAAAAAUAGAUCCCAUGAUGGUGACAGGGAAUUUGCAUCUCAAACAAACAAGCGUAAAGCAUGCAAAGAAAACCCUCAAGAUGAUGUUAUUGAAAGUCCUGCAAAGAGGAUAAAGCACAAUUCUUCCAAACUGGAAGACCACUUGGUAAAAAUGAAUGGGCAUGAAAGUCCCAACUGCAACAACAGCUUCAUUCUGGAUUUUUCAGAUGACAUCCCAAUCAGAAAAGCAAAGAUGGACGUUUUAGGAAAUACAAAGAAAGAUGAGAAGUUGACAUACCGAUCAAGAACACAUAUUAUCCAUACCAAGGACAGUCUUUCUCCAGGAAGGGGAGGGAAACACAAAGGGAAAUGUUCUUCAUUUCCUCUUUCAGUUCCAGCAUCUCAAAAAUCUCAGGAAUUCUCUGAAAGGUCAUCAGAGAGACCAGGAAGAAUACUACCAUCCCUUCAUUCUGAUCCUUACAGAACUCCAGAGAUCCCCAAGUGCAACACCGUGGAGAAAGGGAGAGUGUUACUUCCGUCCAGCCCAGCAGCGAUUACAAAGACGUUCAAAGCAAAGAACCAGGAUAUUCGCAUUUUUUUUAACAGCUGUAGCAGAUAUAAAUAAGACUGUAUAGUGAUUUUCCAUUCUAGUCAGUAGAAGUUGUUUUGGGCCAAACAUCGUAUGCUAGAUUUUAUUAGGGCCAACAAAUUUAGUUGUGUUGAGUUUUAGUGAAUGUUUAAAUUUUCA